CACCGAGUAGGUUGCCGGCAACCCCGCUCUCUUUUUUGACGACUCACGUCCCUUCCACCGAAGGUCUUCGUAACGACCCCCGAGCAUACAAGACCCAUCAUGCGUUACUCUACGAUCGCCUCUGCUGUCCUUUUGGCGGCGACGACAGCUCCCGCGCUCGCGUACCCGGUCACUACUCGCGCAACCGAGGAUGCCUCCAUAGUUGAGCGCGAGCUCCAAGACGCACUGGUGGAGCGCGGCUACUACGACGACCUCGUCUCUCGAGACCUUGAGGCGCGUGGUGGCGGCCCUUCAAAGAGUGAUAAGGCGCACGCCGCGUCGAUAGCUCGGAUGAGGAAGGAGCAUCAGGACCGGAUGCGUCAGAAUCCCGGCUUCAUUCGGGAUCCGCCGAGCGCAAUUUGGACCGCGUCUAGGGAGGGUACGCCUCUGCAACAUCCGCGGCCGUACCGCCCGGCGCAGAAAGCCGAAUUCCUUCCCAAGAAACCCCGGGAGUACGACUUCAACGGCGAGCUGUUCGAGCGCGGCUUCGAGAUAGACGAGCUUGACUGAGCGGACGUAUAAACAUGAUCAUGGGGC